CUCAAAUAUGGCGAUCAGCUCGAGGAGGUGAAACGUCUGCAAACACAGCUUCACUUCCGGGACGAGCAAAUUCAGAAGCUCGUCAAGCAGAGCACCAUGUUGCAAAUUGAGCUCGGCCCAUACGCCGAACUUGGACCUCCACCAAAGACGAUAGGCCCAAGCCUGAAGGCCAAAAAACUGAAGCUCCCC